AUGCGCAUGGCAAAUGCAACAACUCGUCGCUCAGCUCAGGAGUUGCAAGCAAAAGUAUCACCGACUAUGCGUUCAGCAUGGAUAGAACCGGAUGUUCCAGCAUCUGAUGCAAUCAAGACACAAGCAUCUCCUCUUUUACCCUCAGCAAAGAUACCUAUGCCUUCCUCACGCCCCAGCAAUUCUGCUCAAAGCAACAUUGACAAGCCUUUGCGUCCUGCUCGAGUAUAUUCAGGACAAAGAUCAGCGACUACCACACUUGUGUCGCCUACCUCAUCCUCAAUACAUGUGUCAUCAUUGGAAUCAAUGAGCAGUUUUCCCAAUCCUAACGAGCAUGAGGCGGAGAUGAAAUUUCGAAGUGAAUUUGAACCGCCUUUCUUCAUUGGACGACACAGCUCACUUGCAACCUCACCUUCAAAUGUGUACUCGGCCAAAUCUGCACACGGUCAGGAGCGGACUCGAAUGAACCUGGAUGUUUCCUCUGCACCAGUUCUAACAUCGCUACGUGCUCGCACUGCGCAGCCUAAUAUACCCAUUACGGCCAGCGAUACUAGCGGUUCUUGGUCCGAGCACAUGAUGCAAUCUCUCCCUGUGUCGUCAUCAUCACCUCCGAUACAAGACAAUGCAAGUUUCUUGCAGUCACCACAAUGUUCUAUACCCGGGGAUGAUAUCAUGGAAUCAUCGGAGGUGUUAGAUGCCAAACAGGCACGGAAGCUAUUAGACCUGGAAAUAUCCAACAAAAGUCUGUUGGCAAUAAAUACUGCACUAGAAUCCAGCAAAGUCAAGCUAACAAAAGAGCUGCGCGAAUUGCGACAAUCAAUGGUUUUUCAAAAUUUGCCAAUCGAACCCGAUAGCAAAAACAUGACGCAAGAGCCAAUCCCGUUUGUCACAGACCCGCAACAAUCUACCUCGAUGUCAGACAAGCCGCGCGUCGGUUCCCAAGUCUUGCAGCUGUUCAUGAGACAAGAUCAAGAGUUGGAAGAAAUUCACGAACGUUGUCGAUCAAAGAUUGAUGACUUAUUAAACCAGGCGCGUACUGCGAUUUUUUCUCAGCCUGAUGUCGGCGAUGUACCUCUUGGAGUCAAGGUUUUGCAUCCGUCCGAGACUAAAGUACACGCCUGA